UCGACACGACUCGAUUCUCGAAUAACUAAUUCGACACGAUUGUCACAAUGAGGCUGAUUAAGAAAUUUAGUGUACACGAGUACAACCCUGCGCGUUGACUUUUCCCUCGCUUUUGCUUUUACGGCAUUUCGUGUCGCUUUUGACAUUUCAAUGCGAUUGACAUUACCACGUGAAGUGAAAUAGCCGACGAAUAUAUGGGCAAAAUUAUCGAAUUUCAUCAUUAAAUUUAAUUGCACACUUUAUAAAGUUAUUUGACACUGAUUUACUUCACCAUUCGAGAGUCCGCACUAAACGCGUAAAGAAGAAUAUCCAGUACAACAGUGAUAAAUUGAAAACAAUAUAAACAAAAUGGCAUUGCGCGUGCAAUUUGAGAACAACGAUGACAUUGGCGUUUUCAGCAAACUUACAAACGCAUACUGUCUAGUGGCCAUCGGUGGUUCCGAGGCCUUUUACAGUGUAUAUGAAUCGGAAUUGGCCGAAACAAUACCAGUUGUACAUGCCAGCAUUGGUGGCUGCCGCAUUCUUGGCCGUCUCACAGUAGGCAACCGCAAUGGAUUAAUUGUACCACAUUCCACCACCGAUGUGGAGUUACAACAUUUGCGUAAUACGUUGCCGGAUUCAGUGAAAAUCCAACGUGUCGAAGAACGACUUUCCGCUCUAGGAAAUGUAAUCGCCUGCAAUGACUAUGUUGCAUUAGUGCAUCCCGAUCUUGAUAAAGAGACUGAAGAAAUAAUCGGUGAUGUGCUUAAAGUGGAAGUGUUUCGCCAAACAAUAGCCGAAAAUCCUCUUGUGGGCUCAUAUGCAGUACUUAGUAAUCAGGGUGGCAUGGUGCAUCCAAAAACCAGCAUUCAAGAUCAAGAUGAAUUAUCGUCGUUACUGCAAGUGCCGCUUGUGGCGGGCACAGUCAAUCGAGGUAGCGAUGUACUAGCAGCUGGGAUGGUGGUGAACGACUGGAUAUCAUUUGUUGGCAUGAGUUCCACUGCUACGGAGAUGUCGGUGAUUGAGAGUGUAUUCAAAUUGAAUCAAGCACAACCAAGCACAGUUACAACCAAAUUGCGUGCUACUCUCAUUGAGGAGAUGUCUUAAACGCUGCAUGCUGCAAGUCUUCUAUGAAUGAAAACGAAAUUAAAUUGAAGACUUACGAUUUUUUUUUGUAAUAAAAAUAAAUAAAAUUUAAUGUUAAUCCAUAAUACUAAUUUUAAGUAUUUUUUCUAAUAAAAGGCAAAAAAUAAGCAAAAAUGACGACUAAUGUAGUGACUAAUACGCCCGAGGCAUUCCCACCAAAAUGCUCGUUCCCACGGCAGUCGGUUCUACGUAACCGGAACGUACCAGAUUAUUAACUGGCCAAGGACUGUCUUCA